GCAGCUAUUGUCAUCAAGCUUCAUGACAACCUACAAACGCCCCAUCGUUGCACUAGCGGACAGUUGUCAUAACAACGCCACUACACAUGAACGAACCACCUCCAAUUCCUGCGCAGCAACUUACGCACUUCAACUGCCUCCUCCUUUAUCCAAAACGUUGAGGCAAUUGAUAUCCAUGCCCUCAUGCCUUCUCUCAAAGAUAUCAUCUGCUCUAUCGAGCUGCCUCAACCGAAACGCACGUUACGAGAGUUUGGCACCGCCUACAGCGAUGGAGUCGUCGAAACCUUCGUCGCCGUGCCUUCCGAGUCGAGCAAGUUUGCAAUACGCCUCACGUCGAGCACAUAUAUCGCAGAUGGCCUUGCCAUGUUUGUUUACAUUGAUGGGGUCUACCAAUGCAACCGCAACCGCCUCGAUAUGAAGGAGAGGGUGGGCAAAGGCAAGCCGGUGGAGCUCGUCGUCCGCCAGAAGGAGGAGAAGCAGAAAGAUGGGCGUAUUAUUGCACGCGACUGGGCUUUUGGAAAGCUAAACGUUGUCGCCGCGGACCAGGCGCCUCAACAGUGCUCGCCCAACGUGUUGGACAAUAUUGGCUGCAUUGAGGUGAUCGUCUUACGCUGCAAAGGAGUUCGUAUACCGAAAAAUGGGGAAUUUACCAUGGGUUUCGACGGGGGCUACGAUUCUCCCGACGAUUACUUCGACGUGGAUGGACGACCACAAAGCUGGGCCUUUGAUGACCGCUCGGUUUUUCCCACCCAUGAGAUCAAUCGUGUCCAAACACGGGCUCACGUUUUCAAAGGUAAUGGACAACCGCUCAGCGCGUCGAGGUCGCUACCGCCGCUUUCUCGCAGGAGCUACAGCCCUAGCGCUGCCCCACGUGUUGGAGGCCACAUCAGCAUACCGGAAGGUGCUUUUCAGUACGGUUCAGGUCCUGUACCAAGGCAGUCCCGUGCGGAAUCUGAUGCGGGACUUUUUGCAGAUCGCGCGCCUCGGAACAUCACCGGUCAUGAUAUCGUCAAUCCGGAAUGGCUGAAACAGAUAAAAGAAGAAGCAUAUCAGCGUGGAUUGAGAGAGGCUGAGCUGAAGAGGCGGAGAGGGGAGUCAGAAAGGCAUAUCCACGGAGCCAAACAGUCGUCCGAAAGUGUGCUCAACGCACACUCUCCGGGAGCGUGGCCUCCGCCCUUGUAUGAGCAUGGAAAAGUGCCUCCCGUAAACACAGAUCCUGGACAUAGUGGCAGUCUUCAAGCAGGCGCACCUCGAAACCCAUGGGGGCCGACUGACGGUGGAAGCUGGGAGAAGGCACAUCAGGGCUGGCCUGAGAAUGAGGGAACAAGUGGAUGGCAUUGGCCAAAGCCAGAAGGCAAUGAGUCCGACUCCUGGGCCACAUCGGGAUGGGAAACGGACUCGAUUAGUGCCGAAGCAGUCGACAAUGGGUUUCGAAAACAGCCAGUUGCUUCCACCGCGUAUCGAGGCGAUGCCUCUCAUCGCCGUUCGUCCCUGGGACGCGCGCCUACUGUACAGACGGUAGCGGAGAGUGCCCCCAGGCCUAAUGGACCAGACGACAGUUGGGAUACUGCAACGUCAGUCUGGAGCACUGCCUCAACGAUCAUCUCUCCUCGCGAGCACAUGUCACGUGGGCAGGCGAGCCGCCCUCAGAGGAAGAUGACGAGUCCAUCGGAUAGCUGGACGUCACCUCCGUCACAGAUCCCUGUGAAACCUCCUUCAAAAGCCGCUACGAUCAGGCAGCCCUCCAGGCGGGAUAAGAACCCAUCUCCACAACUGCCACCGGUACCAGUUCCCCUCAACUUCUACGGCAAACCGAGUGGGCCCUCCCAAAGUCCACCUCCGCCGUACCAUGUGCUCCCUGUACAUCUCUUUCACACCUGUUCGAAAGCCAGUGUAGUCAACAGUGAGCUCCCAUCCGGAACGCAGACAAGCAACAAAUCUGCAUGGCCGUGGGCGACCCUGGCGACGAAUGGCACGCAUGCCGACGACACUAGUGUUUCGAAACAGAAGAAGCCUCCUUCUCGUGCAAGUAGCGUCUGGAGUACCAAUGACGUCUCAGCUGACAACAAAGCCGACCAUAGCAAAGGUUGGGAUACCUGCAGCGUCCGUAUGCCAGGCUCAUGGGAUGAGGGCGACAAUCCCAAAACCAAGUCGAACAAGGGGGAUGGUUGGAGCAAUGACUGGCAUCCGAAAGGCGCGGGGGAUACAAAAGGCGGCGACGGAUGGGAGCAGGGUGGACAAGAAUCCAUCAAGAAUGCUUCCGCGGAGAAGUCCGGCGAGGACUCCGGUUGGAAGGAUGGCAAGAAUGGGCCAGAUUGGGAAGCCAGCGGUAACAAUCCGGCUUGGGAUACCGAAAACAAAGAUUCUCAGAAGCAAGAUGUUGGUUUUGGGCCCUCCUGGGGUACUACCGGGCCCAAUGCUGGCAUCGAUGAUACGAACAAAAAGGCAGAUGGCGGUGAUGGCACCUGGACCAACACCAACAAUAACGCAGAGGCGCCCGCUUGGGACCAAACAGGCGACGCAGACAAAUUGCCCAAGUGGGACAACGACAAGAACAACCAGAACGAGGAGGCAGCAAAAGCUUCUGAAAAGGCCUGGAACGCCGAGGGCAACAACAAUCAGAACGAAGCUUCUGGCGAUGUAGGAUGGGACAAUGCGGGAUGGGGGAAGACCCCAGGGGCCUGGCCUUCCGCUGACAACAUCGCUCCAAACCAAGGAGAUAAUACGGCAGGAUGGGACAAUACAGGCAACAACGACGAUGCUCAGAAGAAGGACACUCCGGGUGAUGUCGCGGGAGGAGGAUGGGAGAACAACAAUGAAGAGAGGAACGAUACUGUACAGCCAACCUGGGAAAACGACAACAGCGCCAUGCCAACCCAGGACAACCGCCCCGCCGAUCAAGGAUGGACAAAUGCCGCAGACGCCUGGAACAUCCCUCAAGAGAAACAGGACGCCGCCUCUGUCAAACACUCCACCUCCUCAGCCCGUAAAUCCCGCCUUCGCCAAUACCGUCGUCCGCCCUCUCGGAUCGGGGCCAAGCCCCAUUGGAUAUUUCCUCCCCCUCCUCCCUCCACCAGCAUGCACAAACUCUACCCCAUUCCUGAAGAUCAGGAGAGCACUGCGUUUUCCGCUCCUAUCGCCAAAGGCUUCGUGCUCCCACCUGAACCACUUCCACCUAUUCCCGAAGAUAAGGCUAAAAAGAAGGGCUUGAGCCAUCAGGUACAACCGGGAGAAGGAAUGAGGUAUACGCAUGCGGUGGGAAGACCGAAGUAUCUGGAUGGGUUUGAGAAGCCGUAUGCGGUGUUUAGGUUUAAGUAUCGGUCUAGGGAGGAGUUGAAGAGGUUGUUUGGGGAUGAGGUUCCGGAUGAGGAGGACGGAUUCGUCGUCUCGGGUGGUGAUGGUGGGGAAAUUGGUAAGGAAAGUGAAAGGGAGAAGGAAGAUAAAGAGAGGUUGAAGGUAAUGAGUGAGGAGGAGAAGGUUGACGAGAUACUGAGGUUGAAGAAGAUGCUUGAGGCAAAGAAAGUGGCGGAUGGGGAAAAGAAGGAGGAAGGCGGGGAAGCGAAUGAUUUCACCAAGGAGUGGGUGAAGGAUCAGAUGGAGAGGAGUAGGAAGAGUAGUCAGAAGGCGGCGUCGAAGAAGAGUGCGUCUAACAAAGGUGGAGAGGCGAUUUGGGGAGGUGGUUGGGGUGGGGAAGCAGCUGGAUCGAAGAAAGCUGUUUCUCAGAAUGGGGAUUGGAACAGGAACGACACUUCGAAGAAGAGUGAGUCGAAGAAAGGGUCCCAGAAAGCCGAGUCCAAGAAGGGCGAAGAGACCGGCGGAUGGGGUGAGGCAGCGUGGGGUACUGUUAACGUUGGUGAGACCACCUGGGAUAAGGAUGGUGCGGAUGCCGGUGGUGGUGGUGGUGGGGGAGGAGGUGGUGACUGGAAGGCUGCGGAUGCAGGUGAGCCUAAUGGGAACUGGUAACGGCACGAUCGGGUUGAGUAGGAAGGACUUUGUGAAUGUCGUCUUGGUGCAAUACGAAGAAUGAAAUGACGAAGUGAAAGCACAGAAUCAAACAACGA